AUGACGGAGAGACAAUACGCAUAUAGGGCCGGGCGCGCCACCAUCGACCUGGUGUGCGAAGUGAUGUGGCGCGUGCUGAGCGCGCGCGAAGCUGGCCAGCACGUAGCGCUGCUAUGCUGCGACCUCUCGCGCGCGUUCGACACCGCCGACCACCAGCUUAUAGCCGACAAACUGAGCUUCUAUGGUAUUCGAGGUCCGGCCCUGUCCCUGCUAACAUCGUUCAUGUCCGACCGCUCGCAAGUCGUUGUCGCUGAAAGCGGAAGGCUCAAAUCAUCUGAGAUGACGAAUGCGAUGGGUGUACCACAGGGCUCGUGCCUGUCGAACACACUGUCCAGCUUGCUGCUCAACGACCUGCCCCCCGCAAUACAUGACGCGGAGAUAUAUAUGUACGCUGACGACGUGGCCACCAUAGUCACUGCGCCGACCACAGGAGAACUGGAGCUAAAAUUAAACUCCGUAGUUCGGAGGCUCGAGUUGUGGUUCCGACUGAACGGAUUAGCAUUAAAUAGAGAUAAGACAUGUUUCCUCUCAUUCCAGCUCAACGGCUCGGCACCAUCGGCGUACCUAGUCACUGCUGACCAAACCACCCUGCAGAUGGUCCAAUCGACUAAACUACUAGGCUUCCAAAUAGAUAGCGGCCUCACUUGGGACCAGCAUAUCGAUGAGAUCUGCUCCAGGCUCGGCCGCGCAUGCUUUGCACUCCGUCGCCUCGCAAGCACCGCGUCUCGCAGCGUCGUAUUAUCGUGCUACUUCGCGACAGUCCAUAGCCUCAUCACCUACGGCGUGGAGCUGUGGGCGCGGGCGGCUGACGCCGAGCGAGUCUUCAGGAUGCAGAAGCGGGCGAUACGAGCCAUCGCGGGUGUGCCCGAGGACGCGUCGUGCAGAGAGUUGUUCAAAGAAUUAAAUAUUUUGCCUCUUACCUGUGAGCACAUCUUCCAAGUAGCUCUCUUCACACAUAAAAAUUACCAUGCGUUUAGGCAACGAGGUGUGAACGAAUCCCGCGCGAUGCGUAGCAAUAAGCUUGCCCAUCUCCUCGUCACCCCCGCUCAUAAACUCAGUAAGUCAGUAAGGUCGGUAUACAUCUCGGGCCCGUCGGUGUAUAACAGACUGCCUGACGUAAUAAAAAAAGAUGCAACUUCUACGGUAGUCUUCAAGUCUAGAUUACGCAAGUGGCUUCUUAGUCACACCUUUUACUCCAUAAGCGAGUUCUAUGAACUGCCUAAUAUAUAA